CUCUGAUUUCUUUUUUAUGAGGGUGAAAGAACACGUGAAUCUGACGUCAUCAUAACAUAGCUACAACAACAAGAGGGAGAGACAUGGCGGCAGCUCCUGUGGGUUGUAAGGUUGUGUUUGAACAUGACGGGGUGUUCAUACACCCACAUCUGGACAGACAAGACGAGCCUGAUUCACUAAUAUCAGGAUGUUUGCGUGUGAUUGAAAAGGAUGGGGAUGUUGUGGUCGAGUUUAAACAGUUUGAAGAUGCUGCUGAUCCAUCCAACAUGCUGUGUCCCAGCAAGGACUCAAGUUCAGUGGUGGAGUGGAACCAUCAGCAGCAGCAGCAGCAGAGCCAGCGGCCCCCGCGCUCCCUGGAGCCCCAGCUAAGCUGUGAGACAGAGUGGGACAUGGUCAACGCCGUCCACUUCCGCAGGAAAGCAUCCAUCAAUGGAGAAGCCCCUGACGCCUCUCCCCCCGCCACAAGGAGGAGUGGAGGAGGAGGAGCAACAGCAGCGGCCCCAGGAGGAGGUGGUGGAGGAGGAGGUGGUGGAGGAGGAGGAGCGCUGAGCUUCAGCACAGCUGACCUGCUGUCCAUCCGGGUGAGGCGGGAAGCCUGGACCUACCUGCUCUUCAACCUGAGGGAGGACGCCUCCGUGCCGCCACUACACUUCCACCAGGGCGGCGCUCACGCCCUGCUCGACUGCCUCCGCAGAUACGUGCUGCUCACCGAGUCGCCUUUUGAUCCCGCGGUGCUGAACGUGAGCCACUGCAGUAAGGCACUCUCGCAGUCCUUCGAGAACCUGCUAGAUGAAUCCACCUUUGGCCUUAUACAGAAGUUCCGUAAGGACCCGUACACCACGACCUUAGGCGGCUUCUGCAAGGUCACCAACUACCUGUUCGACGCUUUCCGCGGCAGUGAGCUGGAGCCGGAACAGCGCCCUCCGGAGGAGAUGGCAGACCUGCUCAGCGAGGUCAUACCCGGCCUCGACAUUAACCAGCAGGAUGAGCCUGGGUUCGAGGUUAUCACAAGGGUGGAUCUGGGUGAGAGGCCGGUGGUGCAGCGUGAGGGGCCGGUGUCCCGUGAGGAGUGGUACGCAGGUCUGGACCAGUACGGACACGUCCUCAACCCCCAACACCUCAGGCAGCGCAUCUUCAAAGGGGGUCUGUGCCACUCGGUGCGUAAGGAGGGCUGGAAGUUCCUGCUGGAGUAUUUCCCAUGGGCCAGCUCCUAUGAUGAGAGGAAGCUUCUGCAGAGGGCCAAAACAGAUGAGUAUUUCCGUAUGAAGUUACAGUGGAAGUCUGUGAGUGAGGAGCAGGAGAAGCGGAACACUAAACUGAGGGACCACAGGAGUCUCAUUGAGAAGGAUGUGAAUCGUACGGACCGCACCAACCCGUUCUACGAGGGAGACGACAACCCGGGCCUCAUUCUGCUGCACGACGUCCUCAUGACCUACUGCAUGUACGACUUCGACCUGGGCUAUGUGCAGGGCAUGAGUGACCUGCUCUCUCCGGUGCUGUACGUGAUGGAGAAUGAGGUGGACGCCUUCUGGUGCUUCGUCUCCUUCAUGGAUCAAAUGCACAAGAACUUUGAGGAGCAGAUGCAGGGCAUGAAGACCCAGCUGAUCCAGCUCAGCACCCUGCUCCGCCUGCUGGACCUGGCCUUCUGGAACUACCUAGAGUCUCAGGAUUCUGGCUACCUGUACUUCUGUUUCCGCUGGCUGCUGAUUCGCUUCAAGCGGGAGCUCAGCUUCCAGGACGUGCUGAGACUCUGGGAGGUGAUGUGGUCUGGUCUGCCGUGCCAGAACUUCCAUCUGCUGGUGUGCUGCGCUAUCCUGGACGCCGAGAAGCACACCAUCAUGGAGCAACGCUUUGGCUUCAACGAGAUACUCAAGCAUAUAAAUGAGCUCUCCAUGAAGCUGAACAUUGAGGAAAUCCUCCGCAAAGCCGAAGCCAUCUGCCUCCAGCUCAAGAACUGCAAGGACCUGCCCAGCUCCGUUGCUGAGAUUCUUGGCUUCAGCACUGUAGAACCCGACCCUGAUGACCCAGUACAAGGAGGAGCCAGUGGAGGUGCUCCGGGAAACGGAGCCGCUCCUACAACUGAAAACGGACUCAGAUCCGAAUCUGGAUCUGGUGUCGUUUCUGAACCCGCACUUGUGUCAGGCUCCGACUCUCCUGGAGCCACAGCGGACCUGUAUGUGUCGGCGGAACCGGGGGAGACUGGUGCGGGUGCGGGUGCGGGUGUGAGUGCAACUGCGUCGGGACGGGAGACCCCCGAACCCUUCAGCCCGUCCCAGGUGCUGCUGUCCGAGCCCAGCUUCAGCCCCUCGCGCAACGGACACAUCCGGCAGCCAGCCCAGGACGCAUACAAGCUGGCAUACAUCUCAUGAUAGCGACAGGGCUGUCCAUCUUUCUAUCUUUCUCUAUAUCUUGCUCUCCUGCUCAGAGUGCAUACAAGCUGGCCCACAUCUCAUAGCGAUAAAACUCUUCCUCUUUAUCCCUCUAUCUCUCUCUCUAUUCGUCCGUCUAUAUCUAUCCUUCCUUCUCAGGACACAUACAAGCUGGCCUACAUCU